CUAUGCCAGCAAUUAUGACAAUGUUAGCGGACCAUGCAGCUCGCCAGCUGCUGGACUUCAGCCAGAAACUUGAUAUUAACCUGUUGGACAAUGUGGUGAAUUGUUUGUACCAUGGAGAAGGAGCACAGCAGCGAAUGGCACAAGAAGUUUUGACACAUUUAAAAGAACACCCAGAUGCCUGGACAAGAGUUGACACUAUUUUAGAAUUUUCACAGAACAUGAACACCAAAUACUAUGGCUUGCAAAUUUUGGAGACUGUGAUAAAAACACGAUGGAAAAUUCUUCCAAGAAACCAGUGUGAAGGAAUCAAAAAGUAUGUCGUUGGAUUAAUAAUUAAAACGUCGUCUGAUCCUACAUGUGUAGAGAAAGAGAAAGUGUACAUUGGAAAGCUUAACAUGAUUCUUGUUCAGAUACUAAAACAAGAAUGGCCAAAGCACUGGCCAACAUUUAUCAGCGACAUUGUGGGUGCCAGCAGGACCAGUGAAAGCUUAUGUCAGAACAACAUGGUGAUUUUGAAAUUAUUGAGUGAAGAAGUAUUUGAUUUCUCAAGUGGGCAGAUAACACAAGUGAAAGCAAAACAUCUGAAAGACAGCAUGUGCAAUGAAUUUUCACAGAUCUUCCAGCUUUGCCAGUUUGUAAUGGAAAACUCUCAAAAUGCUCCUCUUGUCCAUGCUACCUUGGAAACAUUGCUGCGGUUUCUUAACUGGAUUCCACUGGGAUACAUUUUUGAAACAAAACUCAUCAGUACACUGAUAUACAAGUUUUUGAAUGUACCUAUGUUUAGAAACGUUUCACUGAAGUGCCUAACAGAAAUUGCAGGAGUAAGCGUCAGCCAAUACGAGGAGCAGUUUGUGACACUGUUUACACUGACAAUGAUGCAACUAAAACAGAUGCUACCUUUGAACACAAAUAUACGGCUUGCAUAUGCGAAUGGAAAAGAUGAUGAACAGAAUUUUAUCCAGAACCUUAGUCUGUUUCUCUGCACUUUCUUGAAAGAGCAUGGGCAGCUGAUAGAAAAGAGACUAAACCUGAGGGAGACAUUAAUGGAGGCACUUCAUUACAUGUUGCUUGUCUCUGAAGUGGAUGAGACAGAAAUUUUUAAGAUUUGCUUAGAAUACUGGAACCACUUGGCUGCUGAGCUAUAUAGAGAAAGUCCUUUCUCAACAUCCUCUUCCCCCCUUCUUUCUGGAAGUCAUAAUUUUGAUGUUCCACCUCGAAGACAGCUGUAUUUACCUGUGUUGUCAAAGGUACGUUUGCUAAUGGUUAGUCGAAUGGCAAAACCAGAGGAGGUAUUGGUCGUAGAAAAUGAUCAAGGUGAAGUUGUAAGAGAAUUUAUGAAAGAUACAGACUCCAUCAACUUGUACAAAAAUAUGAGAGAGACACUCGUAUAUCUGACUCAUUUGGACUAUGCAGACACAGAGAGAAUCAUGACUGAGAAACUGCACAACCAGGUGAAUGGCACUGAAUGGUCGUGGAAAAAUCUAAAUACGUUAUGUUGGGCAAUAGGUUCCAUCAGUGGUGCCAUGCAUGAGGAAGAUGAAAAAAGGUUCCUUGUUACAGUCAUAAAGGACCUCUUAGGACUCUGUGAACAGAAGAGAGGGAAAGACAAUAAAGCUAUUAUUGCUUCAAAUAUCAUGUAUAUUGUGGGUCAGUAUCCAAGAUUUCUGAGAGCGCACUGGAAAUUCCUUAAAACGGUGGUCAACAAGUUGUUUGAAUUUAUGCAUGAAACCCAUGAUGGUGUCCAAGAUAUGGCUUGUGAUACAUUCAUCAAAAUAGCUCAGAAAUGUCGAAGACACUUUGUUCAGGUUCAAGUUGGAGAAGUAAUGCCAUUCAUUGAUGAAAUUCUCAACAAUAUUAACACAAUUAUUUGUGAUCUGCAACCACAGCAGGUUCACACAUUUUAUGAAGCUGUUGGCUAUAUGAUCGGAGCACAGACUGACCAGACAGUGCAGGAACAUUUGAUAGAAAAAUAUAUGCUGUUGCCUAAUCAAGUGUGGGAUAGUAUAAUUCAGCAAGCAACAAAAAAUGUUGACAUUCUAAAGGACCCAGAAACUGUAAAACAGCUUGGCAGCAUCCUUAAGACAAAUGUACGUGCUUGCAAAGCAGUUGGGCAUCCUUUUGUGAUCCAACUUGGGAGAAUUUACUUAGAUAUGUUGAAUGUCUACAAGUGCCUUAGUGAAAACAUAUCUGCAGCUAUUCAAACAAAUGCAGGUGAAAUGGUCACAAAACAGCCUUUGAUCAGAAGUAUGAGGACGGUUAAGAGAGAGACUCUGAAAUUGAUUUCGGGUUGGGUGAGCAGAUCAAAUGACCCACAGAUGGUGGCAGAAAAUUUUGUACCACCUCUCCUGGAUGCAGUACUCAUAGACUACCAGAGAAAUGUUCCAGCUGCAAGGGAACCUGAAGUACUUAGCACAAUGGCAACUAUCGUUAAUAAACUUGGCGGGCAUAUCACAGCUGAAAUCCCUCAAAUAUUUGAUGCUGUCUUUGAGUGUACUCUGAACAUGAUUAACAAGGACUUUGAGGAGUAUCCUGAACACAGAACAAAUUUUUUCUUGUUGCUGCAGGCUGUUAACUCUCAUUGUUUCCCUGCAUUCUUAGCCAUUCCUCCAGCUCAGUUCAAGCUAGUUUUGGAUUCAAUAAUAUGGGCUUUCAAACACACCAUGCGAAAUGUUGCAGACACAGGUUUACAGAUACUGUACACUUUGUUACAAAAUGUUGCUCAAGAGGAAGCUGCUGCCCAGAGUUUCUACCAAACCUAUUUCUGUGACAUUCUGCAGCACAUUUUUUCAGUUGUUACAGACACUUCCCAUACAGCUGGUCUCACAAUGCAUGCUUCAAUCCUUGCAUACAUGUUUAAUUUGGUAGAAGAUGGAAAAAUAUCAGCCGCAUUAAACCCAACGACCCCUCUUACUAAUCAGUUAUUUAUUCAAGAAUUUGUUGCUAAUCUUCUGAAGGCUGCUUUUCCACAUUUACAAGAUGCUCAAGUGAAACUGUUCGUAACGGGGCUCUUUAGCUUAAAUCAAGAUAUCCCUGCUUUCAAAGAACAUCUAAGGGAUUUCCUGGUACAGAUCAAGGAGUUUGCUGGUGAAGACACAUCUGACUUAUUUUUGGAAGAAAGAGAGUCUGCUUUACGGCAAGCACAGGAGGAGAAACACAAAAUUCAAAUGUCUGUCCCUGGAAUACUUAAUCCACACGAAAUUCCGGAAGAAAUGUGUGAUUAAAAUACUUUAAGCCAAGUUAUGCUACAUUCUUUCCGAGCAGCUAGCUGUCCUGGAAGAGAACAGCACUUGGGUAUUUGUUGACCAAAACAAUGCCAAUAUGUAAAUUAUACCGUCACCUAGUGGCCCUUUUUACUUAGUAUGCGUUUUUGUAUGAAAACCUUUCUUGUGAAAUCUUUCCAUUGUUAAAGCUUAUUUUUGGUCACCUUUAUUUAGAUCUGCAUGUGGUUGUAAGAUGUAAGGCAUUUUAAAUAUUUACUUUCUAAUCACUCUGGAAAUGAGUGGAAGAAAGAAAUAAUGGAGUUUGUUUGAAUAUACAAUUGUAAAGUCUACUGCAGAAUUAUAAAUAUGAUUUUCCUCUGUAACGGAUUGCCAGUCUUUUAAAUUAGGCAAGUGUUCACUUUCUAGCUUGUACUGCAGCCUAGAAAAAUGGUUACAAGUAAAGAACUUGGAAACGGACUGUCUUGUAAAGGGUACAGAAUGCAAACUCUAUUGAACUUUGACAGACCAAGUUUGCUGGGCUAAUGUAUUGCUAGUCAGAUGGCAUUUUGCAGCAAGGUAAUGUGCAUAUCAUCCCUUUGUAAAGCAUCUUCUAAGUAUGGGAACACAGUACAGCUGGUUAUUUUUACAGUUUUUUUUUUUUGUGUGCUGUCGCUUUUGUCGACAACAGCUUUUGUUUUCCUCAAUGAGGAGUGUUGCUCAUUUGUGAGCCUUCAUUAAUUCAAAGUGAAAGUGGUUAAGAUAUUUAUCCAAUUAGAAUAGGCUGCAUCUUUAUAACAACUCAUAAAAACUCUGAUGGCUUUUGAGAUGACUUGUACUAAUUUACAUUGUUUACCAUGGUGUAGUGCUUUAAAAACACUACAUAAAAGCAAAAUAAACUUGGUUUACAUUUA